AUGAAGCUGUGCGCAUUGAGGCCCCUUUGUUGUCUUCUCACAUCCCCCAGGCCCAAUGUUCUGUACCUUCUCUGCCCGCCGUACCUAAGCAUUGAAAUUGAUACCACUGAAUUCGUUAUACGUUUACCUCAGGACAAAUUUGAUGCUAUUUUGUCCUUGUUAAGAGUGUGGAAAGGAAAGAAAAAAUGCACAAAAAAGGAGCUACUAUCACUCAUAGGACUGUUGUCUUUUGCAUGCAAAGUUGUCAAAUGUGGUCGCAUUUUUCUGCGCCAAUUAAUUGACCUUUUUACUACUGUAAGUAGCCUUUACCAUCACAUUUCCGUUACAUCGGAAUCCCGAAAGGACAUUGAGUGGUGGCUGAAUUUUUUACCCAGUUGGAACGGGAUGGCAGUCAUCCAAACAUCAUUCCUCACAUCAGAAAGUUUAAACAUGUUUACAGAUGCUUCCAUGAGUGGUUUAGGCGAUUUUUACAAUGGGAAAUGGUUUUCCAUCCCUUUUUACAACACCAAAUAUCACAGCAUUACCUUUCUUGAGUUGCUUGCGGUUGUUAUAGCGGUACAUUUGUGGGGUGAGAAGUGGUCUGAUACCCUGGUUAUCAUUUCUACAGACAACGAGGCCAUUGUCCGCAUAUGGAGUACUGGUUCGUGCAAAUGUGAGCACAUCAGGAAACUUGUUCGCUUGUUGUUUUAUUUUACGGCAAAUCACAACAUAAAUUUGCUGAUGCGCCACAUUUGUGGCACUUCUAAUAUUUAUGCAGAUUUACUUUCGCGUUUACAGGUCGCAAAGUUCAAAGAGCAGUGCCCAUACGCCGAAGAGCUUCCUACUCCUAUCCCCUCGUCAAUCUCCGAAUGCUUAGUGUGA